GCCUCCUGCGGAAAACCGACGCAUUUCCCCAAAGCAGGAACGGGCGCGCGGCAUCGCAGCCCUUCCGGAAGAGACUUUCCAGGGACUGAACUCCUCCGCACGCCCACCCUGGAGCGAGCCAACAAGGAGACGCUUCCCAAAGCCUUCCCAGAGAAGCCCCUCAUCAUUGGCUAGGCUGCUGCUCUCUGCCUGCCCGCGCCGCCUCCUCCUCCUCCUCCCCUCCCGCAAGCCGUCCGCCUGCAAUCAGGGAAUGGGUGGGAGGGGGAGUGGUUGUGCUCGGGGGUCUCGCUCUGACCACUGACUGGGGGGCGGGGGCGGCGCUCGAUGCUCCCCGGCCACACGGGGCUGGGCUGGCCUCUCACGUACCGGCGCGAGCCACAGCCCGGCGAGCGAGGGGCGAAGGGGGAACGGAGGCGGCGCCCUUAAGCGCUCCUACGGCGAUCGGGGGGGGGGGGGUCAGGUGGGGGAUCUACACAUCCACACGCACGCAGAGCGCUCGGCUUUCGGUGGCUUGCCUGGCUGACCCCGAGAGGAGGAUUGCAGGGCUAGGGGAGAGCAGGGACGCGGGGUGGGGAAGCAGCCCGGCCGCAGCGAAGAGGAAGUGUCUGCAGUGGGCGAGCAGGCGGGCCAGAAGCCGGCGAAGCAGUCGAAGUGGGAAGAUCAGGGCCAGGCAAACGAAAAUACACGCCUACUUCAAGGCCGCUAAUUUUCUGCAUCUGAUUCCAGCGCCAAAGGCAGCCACCUAAUGGCUGGAGUAUCAAACUCAGGCACUUGUUUUCAUCGGACAGGAGACAUGGAUCAACUGCACUGACCUGAAGUUCCAUCCUGCAGGUGCUGCCCAGCAAUGGGUUGUGUGCAAUGCAAGAAGAAGAGGGCCAAUAAAAACCAGGGCGGCGGCGGCAGCAGUGAUGGGGCAGCCAACCCAGCUCCCAGCUCCCACUACAACCCUGAUCCCAUUCAGCCGAACCCCACCAACUUCACCCGCAUCCCCGACUUCAACAACUUCCCAGGGACCCCCGGGCCUUGCACACCGGCUUUAGGCGGGGGCACUGGCCACUACCCCACCCCUUCCUUGCCUGGUCUUGGUGGGAUUGCAGGUGGAGGUGUGACCUUUUUUGUUGCCUUGUAUGAUUAUGAAGCCAGGACGGAGGAUGAUCUCACAUUUGUGAAAGGAGAGAAAUUUAACAUCAUCAACAACACCGAGGGCGACUGGUGGGAGGCCCGGUCUCUGAGCACAGGAGCGACGGGCUACAUCCCUAGCAACUACGUGGCACCUGUGGACUCCAUCCAGGCGGAAGAGUGGUACUUUGGGAAAAUCGGCCGCAAGGAUGCUGAGAGGCAGCUUCUGUGCCACGGCAGCCCUCGAGGGACCUUUCUCAUUCGCGAGAGUGAGACCACCAAAGGUGCCUACUCACUGUCUAUCCGUGACUGGGACGAGGUGAAAGGUGACCACGUCAAGCAUUAUAAAAUCCGGAAGCUGGACAACGGUGGCUAUUACAUCACGACGCGGGCUCAGUUUGAAACAGUGCAGCAGCUGGUCCAGCAUUACAUUGAGAGAGCUGCAGGCCUCUGCUGCCGCCUCGCUGUGCCAUGUCACAAGGGGAUGCCCAAACUGGCAGACCUGUCCGUCAAAACCAAAGACGUGUGGGAGAUCCCGCGUGAAUCCCUGCAGCUCAUCAAGAAGUUGGGCAAUGGGCAGUUUGGGGAAGUGUGGAUGGGCAUGUGGAACGGCACCACGAAAGUGGCCGUGAAGACCCUGAAGCCGGGCACCAUGUCCCCGGAAGCCUUCCUGGAAGAGGCCCAGAUCAUGAAGCGCUUGCGGCAUGACAAGCUGGUGCAGCUGUAUGCCGUGGUGUCGGAGGAGCCCAUCUACAUCGUCACCGAGUUCAUGAGCCAAGGGAGUUUGCUGGAUUUUUUGAAAGAUGGUGACGGCCGCUUCCUGAAGCUCCCCCAGCUGGUGGAUAUGUCAGCCCAGAUUGCUGCUGGAAUGGCCUACAUCGAGCGGAUGAACUACAUCCACCGGGAUCUGCGGGCAGCUAAUAUUCUUGUGGGGGACAACCUGGUGUGUAAGAUCGCUGACUUCGGCCUGGCCCGUCUCAUUGAGGACAACGAAUACACAGCACGCCAAGGUGCCAAGUUCCCCAUCAAGUGGACUGCCCCGGAAGCUGCACUUUACGGCAAGUUUACCAUCAAGUCGGACGUCUGGUCCUUCGGCAUUCUGCUGACAGAGCUUGUCACCAAAGGACGAGUCCCCUAUCCAGGCAUGAACAACCGGGAAGUGCUGGAGCAAGUGGAACGGGGCUACCGGAUGCAGUGCCCCACCAACUGCCCCCUCUCGCUGCACGAACUGAUGGUGCAGUGCUGGAAAAAGGAGCCCGAGGAGAGGCCCACCUUCGAAUACCUCCAGUCCUUCCUCGAAGACUACUUCACCGCCACAGAGCCUCAGUACCAGCCAGGGGACAACCAAUAGUGGCGGCUGUGGAUGCCCGCUGGGACUCGGGUUCACAGGCACUCCAUCCCGGCGGCCUUCCUAGGCCGUAUUACUCCGGGACUGGCCGUACACAAAAACAACCCCUUCCCUCUCCAGAGCCGAAAAGAUCCUUUUUUUUGUACAAUGGGGGUUGGACUCUUUAAAAAAAAAAAUCAUUCCACUUUGGGUUUUUGAUUGAGACUUUGUCUGUGAUGGAGUCCUGCCUCUCUGAGCCACUGCUGUGCCACUUUUUGGAGGUCUGAGCCGGGUUCAGGUUAGUGAGGAGAGAGUUUGUGGUGUUCAGUUCAUGCUCUCUUAGCGAAGAACCUCUUUUCUCCUCCCCGCCUUCCAUCAUCGGGAGCAGCCAUAACUCGGUGGUGGAAUACCUGUUUUGCAUGAUGAAGGUCCUGGGUUCAAGUGUUGGCAUCUCCAGUUAAGGAUCUCUUGGGGUGGGGCUAGGAAAGUCCCCUGCCUGGAGACCUCUGUGAUUUGCUGCCAGUCAGAGACGACUAUGGGUGGGCUGAUGGUCUGGCUCAGUAUAAGGCUGCUUCGCAGAUCAUACUGGAAGGCAGUGAAGAUUAUUGGAGGGCGACACCUCUUUCCCAGUUCCCCACUUCCAGCUACCUCCCUUGACGCCCACUUGAAACAUCUCUGAGGAUGAGGGGUGGCCCAAGAUAUGGUGGCCCCUGACUUGCCCCACGCCCCUGGUGGGGGGCAGCUUCUUCUCAAAGCCAAGCCUUGCAAACUCUGGAAGUGCAUGGGGAACAUGGAGGAGAGCAGGUUGCUGGCAGCCUCCUCUUCUCUCCUUAUGCUUCUUGCACACUUUGCAAGGAAUGUGAGAGAGGUGCUCCCUGCUGCGUUUGCAAGGGUCCGAUCGGUCCAGAAGGUCUGCUCCAAGAGUGGCAGUGGGGAGCAUCUUGCCACCCUGCUGGCGCCCCAAGCGUCUGCUACCUGAGGCGACCGCCUUGCCUUGCCUCAUGAAAUGCAGAGGGCACCGUAGGCUGGCUCAGGUUCUGGACUGAGUUAACCCCGGCAGAGCUCAGCAUGUGCAGAACUCUAAAGGAAGUGAGCUAAAAUGCAGGCCACCCCCUUCACCUACUGCGGUUAGUCCCUUUUGUCCUCCAGCCUCCUCUGAGGGGCUUGAUGCCCAGCUGCUGUGAAAUGGAUCUUUUUAGUGUCCCGUUCCUUCCUCUCCUCUUUCUUUUUAACUCUCCAAGUUCUUGACCAGAGCCAAUUUGAUUAAAGCCAUAAUGCACUGGCUGCGUGAUGGGAGUGGACUGCUGCAAAACACCAUUUAAAUUGGAGAGGGAGGUCGCAAGGGUUAUGGGUACUGUGAUACUUUCCCCAGAAGGACCAGAGAGAAAAGACUGCCCAAAAGGUUGCCUUUCAUCCCAUGAAAGUUAGUAAUAAUUUAGGCAGUCUUCGUCCUGUGAUGUGACAAGUUUAGUAGUCAUUCUUUCUGCACAGGGAAUGCUGACGUUCUAUCGGGGCCACUAGAAAUCUCUGACACAAUUCUCAGCUAUACAGAACUACAUUUCCCAGGAUUCUCUGGGGAGAGCCAUGACAGUUAUGUCGCUAUAUAACUGAUUGAACUAUGCAUAGGCUCAGACUGUAAGCACUUUUAUUCCACCCAUCUCAAAGAGCCUACAGUCUGAACCUGUGCAGCCUGAUCCUUUAUCAGAAAUAAACAUGACUUGAGUUGGACAGCGCUUACUCCCAAGUAUGUUGCUUCCACUAUGGCUAACUCUUGCUGGGUGGUACUGAUGUUAUUUUAGAAUACAGAAUGCCCUAUACCAUGAUCAGCUACCUGUAGGUCCAUCAUCCCUAAGCUUGCCUCUACAAUCUUGAGGCCCAGAUAUUCCCUGAAGCUGAAGUUGUGAUACAGGAUUCUGGUAGCUGCGAGAGUUAUCCUGGCCUAAUGAAGAGUGGUGGGAAAAGACAAUGAAAAAUUAGCAAGCCGUGUGGAUAGGGGCACAGUUCAUGAUGCUUCCUAGCUUUCUCUACCUGGAAGCCAUACCUGCAGAGGAGGACAUAUUCUUCCCAAGAACAAGUUUCUCUCUUUGCUCCCAUGGACUCUACUUGGGUGGAUUCCCCUAGGCCCCAGAGACCUACCUCUCUGAAGCCACCCCCACUUGUGGGGGGGGGCAGAGAAUGUGAAGCCUUGUGCCAACCCUUCUACAUGAGUUCAUGCACUGGUAAUGUGUCAGUGAGUGAGAAUGUAGACAUGCUUGCUCAUUUCUCUGAGGCAGUUCUAAAAGGUGAUUCAUCCACAGGAGUGGCAGAUGAGCCGUGUAGCAACAGAGCAGGGGGAACAAGCCCAGACGAUAAAGGAGGGGUGCUGCCUUUUUUGGCAUGAGAUAACCCAUGCACUGCUGGAUAUGCACUGGCAGCAAUUGGCUUGGGUUUUUAAGCAGUUGUCAGUUGCCACUCUACUCUUGGCCCAGGGCAAGUUUCAGCUGUGGGUAAGUUGCCGUGCAGGAAGCCACAGAAUUCGGGAACAUGUGGAUGCUGUGGGCAAGUGAUUACAGACCACAUGUUAGAUCCCAAACCCAGAGAGAGAAUGCCGCCAUGUGUUUCUUAGAGCUACCCCUUUCUAUGCUACAUUGUUGGAUUGCUUUUUUUAAAAAAAGGAAGUCUGUAAAUAAAGAAAAGUAAACCUUU